AUGGCCUGGCUCCCUGGGCCUUUCCUCUGCGGGGCUCUGCUGGGCUUCGUCUCCAUAAGUGCGCCCGGGCUGGCCGUGGAGGUGAAGGUGCCCGCCGAGCCGCUGAGCGCGCCCGUGGGCACCGCCGCCCAGCUGACCUGCAGCUACAGCACCUCGGUGGGAGACAACUUCGCCCUGGAGUGGAGCUUCGUGCAGCCUGGGAAACCCAUCUCCGCAUCCGAUCCCAUUCUGUACUUCACCAGUGGUCACUUGUAUCCAAUUGGUUCUAUGGCAAAGCGGGCCAGCCUGCUUCAGAACCCCCCCACAGGAGGGGUGGCCACCCUGAAACUGAGUGACGUCCGCCCCUCGGAUACUGGAACCUACCUUUGCCAAGUUAACAACCCACCAGAUUUCUACACCAAUGGCUUGGGGAUAAUCAACUUUACUGUGCUAGUGCCCCCCAGUAGCCCCGUGUGCAGUCAGAGUGGUCAGACCUCUGUGGGAGGCUCUGCUGCGCUGAGAUGCAGGUCCUCCACGGGAGAGCCCAGGCCAGUGUACAGCUGGGCACGUCUUGGAUCUUCUCCGACACCUUCUCCUGGGAGCAUGGUGCAAGAUGAGGUGUCUGGCCAGCUCAUUCUCACCAAUCUCUCCCUGACCUCCUCGGGCACCUAUCGCUGUGUGGCCACCAACCAGCUGGGCAGUGCAUCCUGUGAACUGACGCUCUCUGUGACUGACCCCUCCGAAGGCCGAGUGGCUGGGACUGUGAUUGGGGUGCUCCUGGGCGUGCUGUUCCUGUCAGUUGCUGUAUUUUGCCUGGUCAGGCUCCAGAAGGAGAGGAGGAAGAGACCCAAGGAGACAUAUGGGGGAAGUGACCUUAGGGAGGAUGCCAUCGCGCCUGGGAUUUCUGAGCAGACUUCUGUGGGGGCGGAUUCCAGCAGUGGGCUCCUGGAGAGACCCCCGGCUGCCAGCACUGUGACAACCACCAAGUCCAAGCUCUCUAUGGUUGUCUGACUUCCCUCCCGACCCCUGGGGGGAUGAGAGGGAAUAGCAAUAAUUAAAGCCUUUGGGUACCAUA